AUUGAGAACCACCACAAACCACCGCUCCCAUGGCCUUAUCCACACUCUCUCCGCCAUCACUACCGUCUUUCACCACUCAAUCCGCCGCCGCCUCCUCCUUACUCCCCAAGCUCCACAACCCCACCGCCGCCGCCGCCGCCCCUUCACGGGCGGACUCCCGUAGCAACUGUACUCUAUCAAUUACCAACACCAAUUAUCACGCGCCUGCAAUUAAUAAUGUGGAGAAAUGGCGAACGCGCGUCUCAUUCUUCACUGAUUUUCUGAACAAAAACAAGAGCAAGAGCGCAGACGCCAUUAAAGAAGAGCUCCUCGAAGCCAUUGCCCCCCUUGAUCGUGGCGCCGAGGCCACCCCUGAAGACCAGCAAACAAUUGAUCAGAUAGCUCGAAAGCUAGAAGCGAUUAAUCCGACGAAAGAGCCGUUGAAGUCUAGUUUGCUGAGUGGGAAGUGGGAGCUCAUCUACACAACUUCACAAUCGAUUUUGCAGAUCAAGAGGCCCAAGUUCUUAAGAUCAAGAACAAACUAUCAAGCAAUUAAUGCUGAUACCCUUCGAGCUCAAAAUAUGGAAUCGGGUCCGUUCUUCAAUCAGGUCACUGCAGAUUUAACGCCUCUAAACACGAAAAAGGUGGCUGUAAAAUUCGACUAUUUCAAGCUUGGCGGUGUGAUACCUGUAAAAGCUCCCGACACAGCUCGAGGUGAACUGGAAAUUACCUACCUGGAUGAAGAGUUAAGAGUAUCGAGAGGCGAUAAAGGCAAUCUCUUCAUUUUGAAAAUGAUUGAUCCCUCCUAUCGAAUCCCCGCUUGAUGUUCAGAUAUAUACAGAAGAAAAACAGAGAUAUUUUUUUUCACAUAAUAUUUGUUUUAUAAGUUUCAAAGUACACAAGAACCAAGUGAUAUAUCUUAUAGGGGAAAUUUGAGAGCAAGUCUCUGAAAUUCGGUAUUAUUUGCCGUAGAAACAACAUAUUUUCUGGUUUCGAUUUCUACGCGCGUUUUUUUUUUGUAAUACAAAUAUUUGUACCUCGUAAUUUUGUUAAUUAAAAGUUCAACUUCUCAGA